AUGUGUUAUGAAUUAAUAGAAGAACUGACACAAGGAGUCAUACGAAUCGAUGAGUUACAGGGUUUAUCUACCAUUGCAGAGGAAGAAAUGAAUGAAUUACAGGAAGCGACUGAUGAGAAACAACUGCAGAAUGAAAUUUGUCCCACUUCUGUUGAGAAUAGUUCACAACACACUUCCAUAGAUCCAGUGGAGGAUCUCUCUUUCAUGAUGGAGUCUUCUGAAACGUGUUUGGAAACGAUCCAGACUGCAACCUCUAAUGCAUCAUCUUGCCAAAAUGAAGAAUCAAGAGUUGGUGCUGAUGAAUCCAUCCCAACUGAAAUGCAGAGACAGGGCGAAUGGUCAGCACUGAUUGACUUGGCGUUGAAGGAUGUCAACUCAGAACUAGGCCUUCGAUGGAGUGUAUUCCACAAUCCUUCAUCGUCCAUAGGUGCCAAUCAUCAUGAAUGUCAUCACAAGGAACAUCAUCCCUUCAACAUGUGCAUCAGUAGUAUUCCUUUUACAUCGUUUGAUGACGGUGAUGACUGCACCUGUAUCACAUCCAUCUCUCCUGUUUCUGUUCAACAAGCAGCACCUCGGCUACAAAAACACCUCGCAGGAUUGACAUCUGUCGAAAUGAACGCCCGAUUUGGCAACUUGACUGCCUUCUUGCCCAACGCUUACACCCCUGUUGUGUUUUGUGAUGAAUCGAAUGGUUGUCCAUCUCUUUCAUGUGCUUCUUCUUCCACUGCUUCCACCUCUUCCAAUGCAUUAUCAAUUUCCAUCCCAAAAGUGAGGGCCUCAAAUCAAGAGUGUGUUCUCACUACAAACCAACAUCACGUGAAUGCUACUACAUCACCAUUUAUUCAUCUCUCCAACUCUGCCACCAAUUCACCACCAACGACUCAACCCCACGACAUGGCUGUUUCAAGUUUCACACAAGUGCAUCCACCCACUAGAUUUGUCUAUUACUUUGAUGAGAACCAUUCCUUCCUUAAUCCUUCUCAGUCCUCAAAGGGUACAUCUGUAAAGUCUCAUCACUCCUUGAAUGCAGCAAACACAACUUCGUCAACUUGUGAUUAUGUGAUUCCUCCAAGCUCCUCCAAGAUAACGAAAAGAAAAACAAUGACAAAAGCUGCAAAGAAAAAGAAGCAAGAACGAUCUCCAACGACGAGUGUUUCGCCAAUGACAAUACAGGGUGGAAAUGCCACUCAGAAACAGAAUGGAAUUCGAUUCAGUCAAAAUAUCUUUGAUGAAAUUCAGAUUGAAAAUUCACAUCACGACGGAAAACAGUUGCAUUUUGUGCAUUCCAAUGCUGACGAAUAUCAAUAA